AUGCUCUUGACUUUAAAGAAAAUUCUUCAAUUUGUACAUUUUAGUACUUUAAAAUACCGAAAUAUCAGACGUUACUGUAAAAAUGUAAAAGAAGAUAUGGAAAUACCUACAAAUUCAUUAAAAGAAUAUUAUAGUGCAAAUGAUCAAACUAAUAAUGGUUUUAUAUAUGAUAAUAAACCUUUUAAAUUUACAUGUAUAGCUGGUAAAACAUAUUCUUGGUGUUUAUGUGGUAGAAGUAAUAAACAACCAUUCUGCGAUGGCACUCAUAAGAAUAUACAUCUUAAAAUCAAGCAAAAGCCUAUACGUUUUGCUGUUACAGAAACAAAAGAUUAUUGGCUUUGUAAUUGUAAACAAACAUCAAAUCGACCAUUUUGUGAUGGUACACAUUUAAAAGAGAGUAUUCAAGAAAAGAGAAAAUAG